GUGCUGCAUGGUGUCUGCACAGAGCUGCCUGCCGAGAGCGAGCUGAAGAGUGGGAGAGCUUGGAUCGAGAUGCUCGGGAUGCUCGGGAGCCCCUGGUGAGGAGUGGUCUUGUGGUUUAAAGGAGACAAAGUCCUCCAGGUUGACUGGCAUGGAAGCAGGCAUGGCUGGAUUCCCGUUCUUCUCGCUCACCGGCUUCUGAGGCUCUGCAAAGCUGAGUGCUGUUGACUAACGGUUACGAGGCUUUUGCUUUUCAUAACCGGGGACCGAAAACCCCCUACUUCUGCUUGGUGGGGCUUCUUUCGGUACAACUCCCCAGGGCACCGCGCUGCGUUGGCUGUGGCCCCGUUGGCCAUCAUGGAUGGGAAGCUCUGUGCCGGCUCUGGUUCCCCACGGCAGCUCUGCAGACCCUCCUCUCGUUCCCAUGUUGUGUCGGCGCAGCAUUAUCUGCCCCAAUGAAUCACGCCGGGCAAAAUCGUCAGCAGCAGAACUUAAAUCGACAGGAAAUCAAAUUUCGUUGUCAUGAGGCCCAGCUGAGGAACUGGAGCUUUUUGUAACACGGCUUUCGGAGCUGAAAAACCCUCAUAUCCUGGAGUAAGAAGCCGGGCUCGGUGCUGGUGCUGAGGCAUCGUGACAUGGGGUGAUCCCCCAGCGCAUGCCAUGCCCACGGAGCUGCAGCCACCUCCAAAGCAGUGGGGCGGAUGGGAAUGCUGUCUGCUGCAGCUCCUGCCCUGAGAGCAGCCCCGGGACCUGGUGAGCCGUGGCUUUAUUAGCAGGAAGCUGAGCUGCUGAACAGUCUGUUGGCAUCUCUGUCCUGCAUACCUGCUCGGUCUGAGCGUUGGGCUUCCAGGUGUUGGGUCCCGAGUUGGUCACUCUUGGCCAUUGGUAGAGCCAGCGCCCUGUGCCCGAGGGGGCCAUUCCCAAUGGGUGCAGAACCCAAACGUGCCACAGAGGGUAAAAAAUGGACCAUUUUUUAGGUCAAAAACACAGGAGCAACCACAGACCUCCCGCGCAGCGGAGAGGGCGGGCAAAGUAGGUCAGGAGAAGUGCUCUGAGUUAACUUCAGCUGAAGAGCCUCAUUCUCAGAUCCGAACAGCUCGGGGAUGGCCGUGGGCUGAGCCGACCCCACGUGUGCUCAUCUCAGCAAGAGAAGAUGGCCCUUCAAUCGCCAUUCACCUCCAGCCACCAUUCCUGGGUAUCGCUCUGCUAAGUCCCAGCGCCUCUCCCUGCUGCCGCCCCGGGUGCAGCCACCCCUGCAGCCUCUGAUCCUCUGUAAUGAGCCAAACGAGUCCAGCCGGGACCGUCUGGAGUGCUGCAGGUCACACAUCAUGCGUGCUCAGACAGCGAGCGGUGCCGUCUAAUUAAAACACCGUGGAGGGAGGGGAGCUCCUUCCCAGCUCUGAUGUGAGCCGGUCUGCCCAGUCAGUGUCUCCAACCUCCCGUCUCCAUUUCCACGUGGAAAUAAUGGCUCUCCGGGGGUGAAGACUUUGAGUCGGCGGCGUUUCCGAAGAGCUUGGCCCUGCAGCACUCACAGAAGCGGUUCGCCAUGGCUGUGACCCACGGUGAGGGGCUGCUGGGACCCCCACCCCUGGUGGCCCUUGCUGUCCUGGCCCUGCUCGGAGGCCUGGUCUACCUGUGCACCCUGUGUGCUGCCUGCCGACGCCAUGGCAGGAGAAAGAAGGUCCCUCCGGACGGCGUGAAGCUGGUGGAUGAGUCCCGGCUCAGACAGACACAGCUGCGCUCGCUCAGCAAGUCGGACACGAGGCUGCAUGAGCUGUACAGCCUGAAGGCCAAGAACAGCAACCAGCGCCCGGCCAGCCUGGAUUUCCCCCUCUCCUCACUGCCCCCCGACUCCCUGCACAGCUCCGUCCUCCUGCACCGCCAGCUGCCCCAGAUCCCCAGCUCUGAGCCCACGGCCCCCGACCAGACCUAUUCCAACCUGCUCUUUGCCCCACCGCAUCGUGCACCCCCGGACACGCUCUACGAGUGCCUGGCAAUGGGGGAGGACGAUGCACCUACUGCCACUGGGACCCCAGCAUCCCCCCCGCCCCGGCUCGGGCAAGGGGCUGCCGACUAUGCCUGUAUCCGGAAGGUGAAGAAGAUGGUGCCAGAAGAGCAGGAGGGGGCCGUGGCAGAGCCCUCUGCAGCCCCACAGUGCUGGGAGGGUGCAGGCGAUGUGCCCCGUCUGAAGCUGGAAGAUAUGUACUCAACGGUGUGCAAAGCCACCAAGAAGAGGAACCAUGGCCCUGCAGCAUCCCCCAGGGACGGGGGAUCCGGGCGGUCACCCCCACCCCAUGAGGAGCCCCCCCCAGCCGCCUGCUGGCCCACGGCCCCCUCCGAGCCCUGCUAUGAGGCCAUCAAUGACAGAGCCUGGGCUGCGCGUGGCCCUGAGCCGGACUAUGAGGCUGUGGAUGUUCACUGGAAGAAGGCAGCAAAACGGGACCGGCCGGGGAAGCCCUCCCUGCAGGACAACCUCUAUGAGAGCGUUGGCGAUAUGUGGGGAGGGGAAUCUCGGGGAGGUGCUGGCUGGACCACUGCCAACGGGCUGCAGGUGUACAUCACCAACCUAUAGCAAUCCCGACGCGGGCGGGCAGAUGGAUGGACGGACGGACGGACAGAUGGACGGAGGUUGGGCGCUGCGGCUCUGCCCCAUGCGGUGGGGAUGGGGCACACAGCUGUGCCAAAUGUGAGCUCUGUAUAUAUUUGAUGUUACUUUUCUUUAA